UCUCCCCUCCUUCGUCCCUCCCACCCUCUCGCGUUCCCUCACCCUCAGGAGAAAAGCCAGAAUUAUCUGAAACGUGCACUAAUACCCUCUGGGACGCCCUUUUCUCCCUUUUCGUGUUGGAUACGACUCCUCUUAACGGGGUUCAGUCCCUUUCUCCAGUCUCAUUCGCUCCCAGCCAAUCUCUCCUGCCACGAAAGAGAAAAAUUUAAAAUAAAAAACAAAACAGGCACCUACUGUACCCCAUUGUUGACGCAGAUCAAGGCGCAGUCAAGCUCUAAGAAUAUCUUGCUUUCAUCAUCUGUUUAAAAUCCCGGAACCCCCCCGCUCCUACCUUCAAGAUGUCAUCUGCUCAAGACGAAUUCAACCAACUCAUCAACAACAACCGGGAGAAAUUCUCUGUCCAUCCAGAGGACCGCGAGAACUCGGACCACUCCUCCGACGAAUCCUCGGAUCACGACGAACCCCAAUUCUCCGAUACCGAAGACCACCCGUCUGCCAUGCACUCCCGCAACACCAGCAGCUACCGCGUCCCCAACACCGUCUACGACGCCAACACCGGCCCCAAGGGUGUCAUCGCCGAUGCCCAGGCCUUCGAGCGUGCUCGCAAGAGCUCCUUCCGCAGAACACUACUCGGCGUGGCUGGCCUCGACCGAUCCCACUUCUCCUCCAAGUCCGUCACCGACGAUGCCACACUCCUGCAGAACUCCUCCCCGCCAGAUGGCUCCUCCGACGAUGAGGAACGGUUCCUUCACCAAUGGCGCACGUCACGGAUGCAGGAAAUGCAGGCCCGGAGCCUGAGAAAGCCCAGCCCCCGACGCAGACUAUACGGCUCCGUGGAUAUUGUCGAUGCAGUGGGAUACCUUGAUGCCAUUGAGAAGGUGACCUCCGGUACGGUGGUGGUAGUCUGCGUCUUUGACCCAGAGUCCACACCCAGCGGCAUUAUCGAAGACUGUCUGAACACCAUUGCCCGUCGCCAGCCCACUGUCCACUUCGUCAAGCUUCACCAUGAGAUCGCUGAGAUGGACCACAUUGAAGCGCCCGCCUUGCUGGCCUACAAAAACGGGGACGUCUUCGCAACGAUUGUCGAAAUCAUGAGACAAAUUCCCAAGGGUCGGAGCUGCAGUGCAGAUAGUCUUGAGGACUUGCUCAAAUCAUAUCGCGUCCUGUGAACAAGGCAAAGCAGAAACGAACAAAAAAAUCUCUUACACUCAUUCACGUUCAUAUGACAACAAUCAUGUUUUCUGCACGAACACCAUCCAAAACGCAGUAAAGCGGGCGUUCAGGUCACCUCCAUCUUUUUUCUUUCCUUUGGGUUUCAUUGCGUGUGUCCUUAUCUGGCCGGCAAGGUGUUUUAUUUGUUCGGGUACAUGCAUGCAUAUAGACGGAUCUACAGUACAUCGAUACUAGUACAGUACAGGUGUUCGGGGCUGCGGGCAGGCUGGGCUGGGCCUUGUUUGA